UUUACAAUCUUCUUCAAACAGUCGUCGGUUGUCAACGCGAUGGUGAAGAAGCGUACGCUGGGUAGUACGAUGUGGAAUCCUAAAAACUAUUUAAAAGUGGACAUUUAACCAACCAUCAUAACGUUAGAGAAGUGCGGAUACACAUUUUGCGAUAGAAGCUGAACAUUGAAUGAAGUUUUGGUUUGCGCUGUGCUCGAGACAUCCUUUUCUGAGUUAGUGAUUCUUUUUCUUCCUGUUGGAGUGGAAUAACCGCUGAGAGUGUUUUUUUCUUCUUUCGUGGCUGCUGGAUCGCGGUCAGAAGCGUGCUCUUGUGAUACGGAAGGUAGUGUACGUGUGCCUGUGCAUAUGAUUUUGUGUGCUCGUCAUUAUCUUCGCGAUAUCUGCAAUUAAACGUGCGAGAAAGCACCAAAAAAUUUGGCCAUGCUUGACAGCGUUAGAUGGGGAGGUCUGUAGAAGGCCGAAAACGAUCCUAACGAUAAAAAAGACCUGAUAGUACGGAAAAUGGUACAUACAAUCAUAUAAUCGAAGGAAAUAUCGCCAAGAAGCCCAAACUACCGAACACCCAGGCCAGGCUGGCGAAACCACGGCAAAAAGCAAGCAAAUGAUAUAUUUUGUCAUAUAACACACACAUACACGCAUACAUAUGUUUAACCAGACAUCUUACGGGUGAAUAUUUGGAAGAAAGUGAUUGAAACAAGGCGACAGAGAGUGAAGUUUAAAGUGAACAGAAAGUAAAUUUGACACGGGACACAGUCAUUUGUGCAGCGGUAACAGUGAAGUUUUAAGGUCCCAGCCAAGCGAAAAACUGUUGUGCAUCUUUAAUCGACAUAAAAACAUCUUUACAGUGCAUUUUGAAACAUAAAGGCAAGUGGCAAUUGGUUGUUUGUGGCGAUUACAAAAUUGGGGGUAAAAUGCACCCACGAUGAAGCGUGCUAGAACGGAAGAAAUACAGUUCGGACAACCGCGGGCUCAGCCGCCGCCGCCGGGACAGCAGCGCAUUAUCACUACAACGCAACCACCGCACAAUGUUGCCAGCACCGCUGGCUCCACGAUACAGUACCAGAUCCCACCGAACGUCAUAAAAACGACUACUCCGCCCGAUUCGGUCAGCACGACGGCCACCAACCUGACACAACAGACGACACAAAUAGCACCACCGCAACAGACGACGGUCCAGUACACGACGACAACUUACAAUUCGGCAAUCGGUAGUAAUCUGGUCAAAGGCCAACCGCAACAGCAGCAGCAGACAACGCAACAGCAGCAAAUACAGUUGGUGAACGCCGCGACACAGGUGCGUGGUGCAUCGGGAGGAGGCCAUAAGGGUGCGGCGGUUGUGAAUGCCGGCUCCAUCGCUACUGUUACCGGAGCACCGACAGUCGGCGGAACCACCGGCGGUAUUGUGGGGGUCUCGGGUGGGCAAUUGAUAACGAAUAUGUCGCCAGGGGUGCAAUCUCAAGGCCCGCCACAGUCGGUGCAGGGCCAAGCGCAGCUGCAGCGCCUUAAGGUGGAGGAUGCGCUCAGCUACCUGGACCAAGUCAAGUUCCGCUUCGGCAAUCAGCCCCAGGUGUACAAUGAUUUCCUCGACAUCAUGAAGGAGUUCAAAUCGCAAAGCAUCGACACGCCCGGUGUCAUCCAGCGGGUGUCGAGCCUGUUCAAGGGCCAUCCGGAGCUGAUCGUGGGCUUCAACACGUUCCUUCCGCCCGGGUACAAGAUCGAGCUGCAGGCGAACGACCAAGGGUACGCCUUUCAGGUGUCCGUCUCGAUGCCAUCGUCCUCGUCAACCGGGACAUCCAUUGCUCAGCAGCCAUCUCCUCACAAGUACAACACGAUCUUUCAAGGCGGCGGCCAAAUUGUGCAGUCGGGCGGCGGGACGAACGUGGUUAACGCCGGUAGCACCACCGCCGUGAAUCUAAUGGCAUACGGUGGUGGACAUGCGGCAGCUACAACGGUGAGCGCUGCAACCAGUGCUAAUGCACCCUCGCACGCUGGUGCGCUACAGCAGGCGACGGGUGGUUCGGUAGGCAAUGCCAGUCCAGCAACGGCGCAGAAUGCGCAACCAAUGACACAACAGACGACAUCGGCGUCAUCGGUAGCAGGAACGGUGGUACCGCAAGUGCCGCAAAACUUUGUAUCCCGCGCUGAGCAUCAUCAGCAGCAGCAGCAGCAUCAUCGAGAGCGUACUAUUUCGACCGGAUCGGUCACGAGCAAUGCAAGUCUUCCCUCGACGACAUCGUCCACAGUCGUAACGGCGAUAGACGCUUCGCAGCAACAGCAGCAGAAUCCAAUCCAUCGAAUGAUCUCGCAGCAAAUAAUUUCUCAUCAACAAACAGUGGGGACAGGAGCAGCAUCUGCAACCGGUGGAGGAGGCCUGGUUUCGGUAACCGUAGCGAGUCAAGCACCGCAACAGCAUCAUCAGCAAUCGACUUCGACUCAUCAGCAACAGCAACAGAUACCACAGCAGCAUCAGCAAGUGUCGUCCGAGGGCGGUCCAGCAGUACCGGCGGCGGCUUCUACUACGACGACAGUGGUGGCGGCCGUAGCGACCACCAACCAGCCAGUGGAGUUCAACCAUGCCAUUUCGUACGUGAACAAAAUCAAGAAUCGCUUUCACUCCGAGCCGGAAAAGUACAAACGUUUCCUCGAGAUUUUGCACACGUACCAGAAGGAGCAAAAAACGUAUAAGGAAGGUGCCCAGUCCGGCGGCUGCAUGACGAAUUCGAAGCAGUUGACCGAGGCGGAGGUCUACACACAAGUGGCCCAACUGUUCGACAAUCAGGAGGAUCUGUUGCGGGAGUUCGGCCAGUUCCUACCGGACGCCACGAGCCAUCAAAAUCAGGUCUCGCAGUCGCAGUCGCAGACGCAGCAGCAACAACAUCAGCAGCAGCAACAACAACAACAGCAGCAUCAGCAGCAGCAGCAACAACAACAGCAGCAACAACAUCAACAACAACAACAACAACAACAUCAUGUAUCGUCGAGCAAUAAGAACAAUCACAUCUUCGUAAACGCCGUCUUGCACGAUUCCCAUCAGCAGCAGCAAAUUCAACUUCAACAGCAGUCGCAGCAGCUGGGGCAGCCCGGCGGAACGGGGACGGUUGUGGCUGGAGGCGCGAUGGCAACAGUUGUGCAUGGAAGCGCCACUGCUGGUGGUGGUGGUGGAAGCAAGAAACUAACUAAUUCCGGUGCCAUGAGUGGAGGUUUGCCGAACGCCAGUUUGAAGAUGUACAACAACCUACAGCAGGCAAACAUGGCGAGAAUUGCACAUGAGAGAGACUACUCGCCCAUUGGUAAUUCCCAAACCGAGGGAAAGGAGUAUUCGAUAGUUUCUUCCGUCCCCGCCGGAAGUAUGUCCGGGCCCAGGGGAGGUAGUGGCAUAGUUGGAGGUGUCGGUGGAGCAGGCGGAGUUGUGUUUAUGGAUAAAGAUCGCAACCAUAUUGCGGCUGGCGGUGGGGGACCCGGUACAGUCUCAGUUGGCGCAGGAGGACUGAACUCGAAGUACAUACAUGGCGCCUCGCUAGGCACGAUAUCGUCGGCUGGGGGAACUGGUAUGGUUGUGCACGGUGCUAGUGGUGCUGUCCUGGCGCAAAGCGCUCCACCGGGCAUGGUCGGAACCGGUGUAGUGCCCGUGAUGGCAAACCUCUCGUCCAGCGGAGGAUCCAAUGCCGUGAAACGUUCGCCGUCCUACUCUUCGCAGAUAGUGCUAGGAGGGGCGGGUGGUGGUGGUGGUGGUGCGAUGUCUACGGGACGCGGUGAUCGUGGAGACGGAAGCGGACCUCCUCCAAUCAAACGGCACAAACCCAUCUGCCGAGACGUGUCUUUGGCGGAAGCGGCCAAAUAUGGCGCGCUGAACGAUUACGCGUUCUUCGACAAGGUCCGGAAUGCGCUACGCAGUCCGGAUUCGUACGAAAACUUCCUGCGAUGUCUAACGCUGUACAAUCAAGAAAUCGUCUCAAAGUCGGAGCUGGUGACUCUCGUCUCUCCAUUUCUCAGCCGCUUUCCGGAUCUACUGAAAUGGUUCCAGGACUUUCUUGGCCCUGCCUCGUCGGGCCCCGGAUCGGGGGCGAACGAGUGUAUCCCUUUGACUGCGGCAGCCGCCGCCGCCGCCGCCCGCCAAGAUCGGUCGCAGGGAGGAGAGCUGGCGGCCGAUAUCGAUCUUUCCACUUGCAAGCGGCUUGGCGCAAGCUAUUGCGCCCUGCCGAAGUCGCUCGAAGGCGUCAAAUGUUCCGGCCGGACGAGCCUCUGCCGGGACGUGCUCAACGACACAUGGGUAUCGUUUCCGACGUGGGCCGAAGACUCGACGUUCGUGACGUCUCGCAAAACGCAAUACGAGGAGUUCAUCUACCGGUGUGAGGACGAACGCUUCGAGCUGGACGUGGUGAUUGAGACGAACAAUGCGACCAUCCGUGUGCUGGAGGGCAUCCAGAAGAAGCUGACACGUAUGUCCCAGGACGAAUUAAGCCGGUUUCGGUUGGACGACUGCCUCGGGGGCACCUCGCCGACGAUACACCAGCGCGCUCUAAAGCGAAUCUACGGCGACAAGGCCGCCGACAUGAUACAAGGGCUAAAGAAGAACCCGGCUGUUGCCGUUCCGGUCGUGCUGCGACGCAUGAAAGCGAAGGAAGAAGAGUGGCGCGAAGCGCAAAAGAGCUUCAACAAGCAAUGGCGUGACCAAAACGAAAAGUACUACCUUAAGUCGCUGGACCAUCAGGGUAUCAACUUUAAGCAGGCGGACAUCAAAGCCCUCCGAUCGAAAAGUUUGUUCAAUGAAAUUGAGAUACUUUUUGAUGAGGUGAGUUACAUGAAGCGUCACGAGCAAAACGACGAUUCUUCAACGGCGGCCACAGGACAUAGUACCGGUGGACCACACAUGACGUUCCCGUACAAAGAUAAAUCCGUCCUGGAGGACGCAGCCAAUUUGUUAAUACACCACGUGAAGCGUCAGACGGGAAUACAGAAGCAAGAGAAGGCGCGCAUCAAACACAUCCUUCGGCAGUUCGUGCCGGAUCUUUUCUUUGCGCCUCGGCAGCUGAUGAGCGAGGAUGAACGGGAAGAAGAUGAUAAAGAUGCUGACGGGGAACAGGUGGAGGACGAUGGUAGCGGUGCAAAGUCUAGUGGGAAGAAAUCAACGUCUACCAAUAAUUGGACAUACAAAAGUUGUAAUGCAGCAAACUCUAGCAGUAAUUUUGGAGAAACGGUUGGAACUACGGUUCCGGCUGGUGCGUCGUCAUCGUCGAGAACGGAAGGAGGUGCCAAUACGACCAAGGACGAGGGCAGUGAAAGUGGGACUAAUGCCGAUGGUAGCUCUCACAAGAUCACUUCAACGUCUGAGGUGCCGUCGUCCGCGGGAACGGCGGAACCACAUCCUAACGCAGACAGCAACGGUGGUGGCAGCGGCAACGAAAUCACCGUCGACGGGUCGACGGCAACGGACAAACAGUUGGCAAUCAAAAAGGAAGUCAAAGAUGAGAAUGAAUCAUCAAUGGGGACGGGUGCCAGUGAAGGGGCUCCUUCCGCUGCUGCCGUUCAGGAUCAGCAAACCGGUUCCAGUGGUUCAACAGGAGGUGUAGGAGGAGGAGGUGGAGGAUCGCAAGCACCACAGCCAAUGAGUCCCCCACUUCCGCCGCAUGCUGUUAGUAAACAUAUCGAAGAAGCAUACACGUUGUUCUUCACCAACAACUCCUGGUACCUGUUUCUGCGACUACACGCGAUCCUGUGUGACCGACUACGAAUCAUCUACGAGCGGGCGCAAAUCAUUGCCGCCGAAGAGCGAGCUUACGAGAGUACACGCAACAGUAGCACGGCGAUGGCGCUUCGCUUGAAGCCGAAAAAUGAGCAUCGCAUCGAGCAGUACUACAACAUUUUUCUGGAUAUGCUGAAAAAUCUCCUCGACGGUAACAUGGAGGCAAGCAACUACGAGGACCUGCUGCGAGAGAUGUUUGGUAUCCAUGCAUACAGUGCAUUUACGAUGGAUAAGGUUGUGCAAAAUGCGGUUCGCCAGCUACAGCACUGCGUUACCGAACGUGGAGCGACGGAAGUGGUCGAGCUGUACCAAGCCGAACAGCGACGCGGUGGUGCUGGAGGUCUUUGCCGCACCGCUAACCGCCGCAUCGCUGCCGAGCUUGCCUACCAGCGAAAGGCGGAGUCAAUACUACAGGAUGAAAAUUGUUUCAAAGUCUACAUUUACAAAAUCGACUGUCGCUUAACGAUAGAGCUGCUGGAUACCGAGUCUGACGAUACGGCGAACAACUUUGCCAACUCGCAGGCUUACAGCUCGUACGUCGAUCGGCUCUCCAAUCCCGCCGCCACCGGUACGGGAAGUGACAGUGGUGGGGGCGGUGGCGGUGGCGGUGGCGGUGGUGGUGGUAGUGGUGGUGGUGGUGGUGAUGGUGGUGGUGGAAAUGGUGGCGUACACGGAACAACGGAAGGAAAUGGUGGAUCAUCGAGUGUUGCCUGCGGCAAAAGUAGUGGAACAUUAGCAGCGGCAACAGCAGCAGCAACAGCGACGACGGUGCCAUGCAAUAAUAAUCCUAAUACCGCAAUGGGCACAUGCACUAAUGCCAACAGUAGCAGCACCAGCAUAGGUAUUGGGUCCGGAGUAUCGGGUGGCGGAGGAGCAGGAAAUACAGGAAACCCAGAGAUAAAAACCGAAAAGCCCGACGACGAGAUGGUCAAACAAAAUGUUCAAUGCGUAAACAAUAAUAAAUCAUAAUAUAUCAGCCACCGAGAAAAUGCUCCAUGUCCCAAUAAAAAGGGGGUGUAGUAAAGUCACGUGAACAAGAAGUGUGCACUGCAGGACGAAGGUGGCGCACGCCAACUAGGAAGUGAUUGAAAAAUCGUAUUUGUCAUACCGAUCUAUUUUUAAAAAUUUGUUUUAUGGUCAAACCACACACGAAUCUGUAAGAAGAGUCCAAACAAACGGAUCCAUAAACAUAAAGUUCUUUAUUGUUGGCUUGAGAAAAUCCACUUCGGGGAACAGCAAGGACAGACAACCAAGAACGAACUAUAUUUACCAUACAUAGUCCGUCGAUGUAGAGCGUUAACAUAUUCGGUUAUUUAUUUUGUAUUUGCAAUGGUUUUCUUAGUUUUUUUUGUCGUAAGUUAAAUUCAACAAGUUUAGUUUGAAAUGAAUCCAACAAGAAUGAGACAAACCGUAGAAAAAAUGAGACAAUGAGACACACCGUGGAGAAUUUAAUGACUAAUAUGCAAAAAUGAGUUCCUUACAAUCUACCUUUGCAAACAGAUUGCUUUUGCUGGUAUAGUAAUAAUAUUCGCAAAGGAGACAAGGCAUUGUAGAACGCACAAAGACAAAUGUGAAUAGUUCAGCGUACAGUUUUAUGAGUCGAUGAGUCGCGAAGACGUCAUACGUUCGGUUCCACGUUAUCCUCUCCAAAGAUAGAAGAUGAUCGAAUCGGACUGGAAAUUUAUUCUGCUCCAGAGUUUGGUUUUGGAAAUGCAAUCAACUUUGCGUAUCGUGGAGCAGAACAUUCGGAUUUUCAACGCUAUCAGGUUGUGAGGCGGUUAAUUACCAAUUAACCAAGUACUAUACCGUUUCCUCUAAAUAGGAGGAUGGUGGUACACCUUCCCUUAUCUUGCUUAUUUUUCUAUUGCAAUAUUGGCAAAGAAAAGCAAGGCGAACUGUUUUAUCAAUCACCUAAGGUGUCCACAUGUGUGGUGUAAAUAAAAAUAAUUUAAUGAAAAAAAACAGCAAGCAACUAAAUCUUACUGAGGAUGUAACAAGUCAAGGCUGUUUCGGUUAAUUUGCUUGCCAUACGCUCAGCAUUGGCUGGUUGGUCUAAGAAUUGGUCAUAAUAACUUAGGUAGAGUGUGUUUUAAGUUUUAUCUUACUAGGGUUAGAUUUACAAAGUUGUAAAAUAGUAACGUACAUGCAAAGCUCUAAAUUUCCCCGCAAACAGAAACCCAUUUAGAAUUGGAUAUUGAAGAACCUAGAUUGGAAAUACAUUCUGCAAUCUUGUGUGAUUGACAUAUAAUAUUAUUAACAUAAAUUGGCUCCGCCCCGAUAACGACUUAAACUAGAAGAAGAGGUCUUCAAGAGCCAUGAAGAACGCGGUUAGGGAGAGGUGCGAUAUUAAACAGUAUUUGUCACACGAUUUUCAAUCGUGUUUAAACGAUGCAAAACAUAAAUCUUGAUUAAGUUAGCCGAUAUGUUAUGGCGGUGCAAGUGAAAGGCGCGGUGUGUAUCAUAAAGGAAAAACAUAUUUUAUACAUUUAACGUAGAAAGUGGAAGUCUGCUGAAUUAAAUUUACGACGGACCGAAGGAGAUGUUCACAUUCAGAGUGCAUUUCUUCCGUAAUUUUAUUCUCGAUCUAAGGAUAAAAGAACUGUAAGAAAACGAGUAAAUAAAACAUUAGGAAUGCAGAAUAAGACAGUUACAAUUGAACGACUCUUGGCAGGACAUAUUUUAUAAGGAGCGAAAAUGUGUUCUCCGACUGUGUUGAGCCUGUCGUUGAAAUAUGAACAAAACAAUAAGAAAAAAAAAACAAAA